CAUAGAAAUACGCGAAAAGCUGCAACAGAUAAUUGAAGUUUGUGAACCCAUAUUUGAAAGAUUACUUCAGAUGAGUGAGAGAGAAAGACAAAAACACCCCAGUACGAUCACACCGCUUGUAUUAGCGCGAGGUGUAAAUGAACAAAAAUCUGACAUUGACAUUGAUCAAAGUCAAUCUAAGCCAAAAGAAGCUGUACGGAGAACUCCUUUGAGUGCAAAGUCAAAAGCAGCAGAAGGCAAAUCUACACCCGAAAACAAAUUUCAAAGGACAUCCGGAAAGGAAAAAACCUCUACAAAGAUCCCGCCUUACAUAAAGUGAAUAAUCGGUUUUCGGAACCAGAAAGAAUAGAAAGUUCCUUCGCAAGCAAAAGACGACCCAAGGUAUGAUUUUGAAAACUCAAUCAUGGCAAUUUGGUAAAAACUAAAUUUACGAUUUUUGUUUUGUUUCCUUUUCUGACGCCAAAUCGAGCAAACAAAAGUUCCGGACAAAUACAACAUUACGAGCCGAAGAGAGAAGAUAUGCCUAAAUAUAAAGAGGCAAUGUCAGCGCAGAGCAGAAACGGGCCAAAAGUUGGUAUUGAUACUAGUCAAACUCAGACCACGUCAAAGACACAUUCACCUUCAUUUUCGUAUUUACAGCAAGAGCAAUCAACCGCCACCAAUAUUCAACAACACCACGGCAAAAAUACAAAGCAAUAUCCAUUGGAACCUACUUACGCGGUAAUUUCACCUCAUGGCGAGACAAUUUAUGUCAAAGGAACAAAGAUGGGAACAGAGAGACAUAAACCAGCAUCAACAUCGACGCCUCUGAGAAAUGAUACAGAUUAUGGUAAAAAACGCACACGUCAGGAUCUGAAAAUUCUUGUCUCUGUUAUUGAAGGAAAGGUAAUUCAUUACGAUGCGGCAGAUAGAUCAAAACUUUGGGCGAAAUGCAACCAGGUCGAAUGCUGGCUCAUGAACGAGUGUACAGAAAUGUGGAACAAACUUCAUAAAGAAUGGCAAACUGUCGAAAAAAGGGGACUCUGAGUCGCGACCAUCUUCUGGAUGGAGAUAUUAACGAUCGUACUCAACGAAUCCGCAAAGUUCGAAUAUCAUAUGCUCGUUUUUGAGAGCCCAAUUGAAUGGAAUUCCCUCAGUAUUUUACCGAUUACCAAAUGCAUUAGAAAUAUAUGGUCGUUAUUUCUGUAAUGUUAAUCUUUGAAUAUUUCAUUAAGCAGAAGUUUUAUAUUUAUCUUUG